UUCCUAAAAACUCUCAUGGACUGAGCAAAUGAGAUAGCAUCAUGGCAUUAUUAAUGAUACUAAUUACCUGCUUCAUGGCUAUUCUUGCUCCUUCCCAACCUUGUCAAACUCCUGAUGACUUUGUGGCUGUCACUUCUCCAGGACAUAUCAUGAUUGGAGGUUUGUUCGCCAUUCAUGAAAAAAUGUUGUCCUCAGAAGAUCAGCCCAGACGACCACAAUUCCAGAAGUGUGUUGGCUUUGAAGUAUCAGCUUUUCUUCAAACGCUUGCCAUGAUACACAGCAUUGAGAUGAUCAACAAUUCAACACUAUUAUCGGGAGUCAAACUGGGGUAUGAAAUCUAUGACACUUGUACCGAAGUUACCGCGGCAAUGGCAGCCACGCUGAGGUUUCUUUCUAAGUUCAACUGCUCUAGAGAAACUGUGGAGUUUCAGUGUGACUAUUCGAACUACAUGCCAAGGGUUAAGGCUGUCAUAGGUGCUGGCUACUCAGAAAUAACCAUGGCAGUCUCCAGAAUGUUGAACCUACAGCUCAUUCCACAGGUGAGUUAUGAAUCAACUGCAGAAAUCCUAAGUGACAAAAUUCGCUUUCCUUCAUUUUUACGGACUGUACCCAGUGACUUCUAUCAAACUAAAGCAAUGGCCCAGCUGAUUCAGAAAUCUGGAUGGAACUGGAUUGGCAUCAUAACCACAGAUGAUGACUAUGGACGAUUGGCUCUGGACACUUUUGCAAUUCAGGCUGCAGCAAAUAAUGUGUGCAUAGCCUUCAAAGAGGUUUUCCCAGCCUUCCUCUCUGAUAACACCAUCGAAGUCAGGAUCAAUCAGACACUAGAGAAAAUCAUUGCCGAGGCCCAGGUUAAUGUCAUUGUGGUAUUUCUGAGGAGAUUCCAUGUUUUCAAUCUCUUCAAUAAAGCCAUUGAAAGGAAUAUACAUAAGAUCUGGAUUGCUAGUGAUAAUUGGUCAACUGCCACCAAGAUUAUCACUAUUCCUAAUGUUAAAAAGCUUGGCAAAGUUGUGGGGUUUACUUUUAGAAGAGGGAAUAUAUCCUCUUUCCAUGCCUUUCUUCAAACCCUGCACACGUAUCCUAAUGACAAUAACAAACCUCUGCGUGAAUAUGCCAUCCUUUUUUCUGACUGUGAGCAUGUCAAAGACAGUGAUUUGAGUCAAUGCAUUUCCAACCGUUCUCAGGGGACUUUAACCUACAAGGUUAAGGAAGAUGUAAAAAGGAACUUCUUCAUGAGAAAUGACUUCCUCUGGCAUUAUACUGAGCCAGGACUCAUACAUAGUAUUCAGCUUGCCGUGUUUGCCCUUGGCUAUGCCAUUCGAGAUCUGUGCCAAGCUCGAGACUGUCAGAACCCCAACGCCUUUCAACCAUGGGAGCUACUUAAUGUGCUGAAAAAUGUGAUAUUCACUGAUGGAGGGAAUUCUUUUCAUUUUGACGCUCAUGGGGACUUGAAUAUUGGAUAUGAUGUUGUGCUCUGGAAAGAGAUCAACGGCCACAUGACCAUCGCCAAGAUGGCAGAAUACGACCUACAGAAUGAUGUCUUCAUCAUCCCAAACCAGGAAGCAAAAAAUGAAUUCAAGAAUCUUAAGCAAACAUUAUCUAAAUGCUCCAAGGAAUGCAGUCCUGGAGAAAUGAAGAAAACUACAAGAAGUCAACAUAUCUGCUGCUAUGAAUGUGUGAGCUGCCCUGAAAAUCACUACAGUAAUCAGACAGAUAUGGAUCACUGCGUAUUAUGCAACAACGAAACUCACUGGGCCCCUGUUAGGAGCGCUAUGUGCUUGGAAAAGGAAGUGGAAUAUCUCAACUGGAAUGACUCCCUGGCUCUUCUGCUGGUGGCCCUCUCCCUCCUGGGAAUCAUAUUUGUUUUGGCCAUUGGCAUAAUAUUUACAAGAAACCUGAACACGCCUGUUGUGAAAUCAUCCGGGGGAUUAGUGGUCUGCUAUGUGAUCCUGCUUUGUCAUUUUCUCAACUUUGCCAGCACGGGCUUUUUCAUCGGAGAGCCUCAAGACUUCACAUGCAAAACCAGACAGACGCUAUUUGGAGUGAGCUUUACCCUCUGCAUCUCCUGCAUUUUGAUGAAGUCUCUGAAAAUUUUGCUAGCUUUCAGCUUUGAUCCCAACUUGCAGAACUUCUUGAAGUUCCUCUAUAAACCUAUCCCCAUCAUUUUCACUUGCACAGGUAUUCAGGUUAUCAUUUGUACACUCUGGCUCAUCUUUGCAGCACCUACUGUGGAGGAGAAUGUGUCCUUGCCCAGAGUCAUUAUCCUGGAAUGUGAGGAGGGAUCCACACUUGCAUUUGGCACCAUGCUGGGUUAUAUUGCCAUCCUGGCCUUCAUUUGUUUCAUAUUUGCCUUCAAAGGCAGGAAAUUACCUGAGAAUUACAAUGAAGCCAAAUUCAUAACAUUCGGCAUGCUUAUUUACUUCAUAGCUUGGAUCACAUUCAUCCCUGUCUAUGCUACCACGUCUGGCAAGUAUUUGCCAGCUGUAGAGAUCAUCGUCAUUUUAAUAUCCAACUAUGGGAUCCUAUGUUGUACAUUCUUCCCCAAAUGUUAUGUUAUUCUUUGCAAGCAAGAGACUAACACAAAAUCAGCCUUUCUUGAGUUGAUUUACAGUUAUUCUUCUCACAGUGCUGGGAACCUUGCCAUGAGUCAUGCUUCACUGGACUCCACUAGUAGCAAUAUCACAAUGACCCAUCCCAGUCCUUGUGGAAACUCUGCAGCCUGGCAGAAAAGCAAAGAUCUUCAGGCACAACCAUUUGCACAGACAUGCAGAGACAAUGGGACAAAGGUUUCAAAAACUUUUCCUCGGAAAAGAAUUUCAAGUAUAUAAAUGAGUCAAUAGAAGAUGUCACAUUUUGGAAUAAAAUGUUUCAAGGGUCUUUGUAUUUAAGAUGUGCUUUUAUUUUCCCAGCAAAUAUGUGUCACGUAUUUUCUUCA